UUUAAUGGCUUUUAGUCACUAGAAACAGACGGGGGAUUAAAGUUUAGUCCAAUGAAUAUGAGGAACUAAAGCUUAGUUUAGUCCUUAAAGGAACCAAACAGGGCCCAAGUUGCCUUAAAUUUAUACUGUAUGUACUUAUAUGAUCUUUAAAGAGGCGGUCCCCUGAUUUUUCUUCAACAAAUUGAUUCCUUUCUCCCUCCCCCUCUCUCCCUCUCUCUCUCCUCGUUUGCUCACCAAGAUGACAGUAUCAGUGCCUUCGUUGGCCUCGAUCUUCUCUUUGCUCAUCCCCGUUCAGUCCUUAUUGUUAUAUCCUGUUUGGUUGGUUGCCCAUCUUGCUGCUGCAACUGCAAUCCCAUUUAUGGGUCAAACUCCCUUUUUCUUUUGCAUGGCCUCAUGUGCGCAACGCGCAUGCAAAUAUAUAGUGCAAGAUUCAAGACGGUACAUGAAUUAUUAGAGUUAUUUAAUUAAUAUUUCACAUUCUGGCCUCACUAAACAUGUCCAGACUAGCAAGUAUCAGAUGAAUGACUCCAUCCCACACAGUACACAGUACGUAAGAGCAUUCAUUGCCAGAGAGAGAGAGAGAGAGAGAGAGAGAGAGAGAGAAGAUGGGAACAAGCCCCGCGGAUGCUGCCGAUGCAAUCCUGCUCACCUUGGAGAACCUGUUCAAGCUGGACAAGGUUACUCGCCUGGCCAGUGUGGAGCUGUGGGUGCUGCUGACGACGGUGCUGCUGUUGCUGAGCUCUCGGGCGCGAGGGUGAACGACUACUUCCAGGUGUGGGCGGUGCUCCUGGUGACCCUGCAGUACAGCGUCAAGAUCGGGCGCCCCUACACCCCGUCCAAGCAGGUCCCGUUGCUGGACCUCAUGUCCUCCUUGUGGUCAGCCAAUCUCCUCCGGGUGCAGACUUUCUACCUCCUCAGGAUCCCUCUCUGGCUCAUCUGGUCCCUGAAUGCAGUUCGCAUCGUCUCGCUCUUCGUCACCUCCGGUAAAGGGGAGACGAAUAACCAGGAGAGCAUGAGGCUGGUGUGCGACUACAUGAGCUACGAGAACACUCUCUCCUCCAUCCCUGUCCCUGAUGAUGGCCAGAAGGAAUCCAAAUUCUCCAUGAGCGGGUACAAGUACCUGGUGCAUGGCGAGCACCGGGUUCUCAAGCAAGUCCAAGAGGACCCGACAAGAAGUGAGAGCAGCUACAAGAUCCGACUGGAUCCGUAUGGAGCCCACAAGGAGCAGCUCGUCACCGUAGAGAAGGUGUGGGAUGACACCAGCGAGAGCGGGUUGCUGGGGGGCACGGCAGACCCUGGCAACCAUCACAAGGACCUGUGCCUCUCGUUCGCGCUGUACAAGCUGCUGCGCCGCCGGUUCUACGACCUCCCAAUGCACGAGCUGAAGAGGCGGCAGGGGAAGGAGAAGAUCCGCAGCCUCAUCUUCGGCUACAUCCUCCGUGACUACGAGAGGGCCUUCCGUGUCACAGGGGUGGAGCUGUCCUUCCUCCAAGACCUGUUCUACAGCAAGCACGCCACCAUGUUUGCCGCCGGGCUCCGGGUCCCGUUUUGGAGCCUGCUGCUGUCCCUGGCCUUGGCCACGGUGACGGGGUAUGUCCGGUACAUACCCGGGAGGAUGGAUCCAGCGGACCGGAACAGGAUCACGCACGGCGUGUUCAUCACCCGCCUCAUCGUCGCCAUCAUCGUUCUCAAGGAGCUCCUGGAGAUUGUCCUCUACGUGUUCUCACAGUGGGCCUGUGUUCUGAUGCUGUGCAAGUACGUGCAGCAUCAGGGCUUGCGGCGUCCAGCGGUGGAGAGCGUGAUGAGGCUCUUGCUCUGUUUCGGCAGCAAAGCCAAGUGGAAUCAUCAGAUGGUCCGUCAGCAGAACCUUCUGGUCACAUUCGGUUUGAUCAAGCCAGGUGCCCUACCUCCACUUACGAUGAAGACGGUAUACCGUCGAGGGGUAGUGCUUGGAACAACCGGCCUCAAGGAUUACACGAAGAAUGCACUGUUGAAUUCGCUUGUUAAUUUGAAGGAGAAAAGGCUAGCGUUGGAUGACUACUUCUCGAACGCCUUCAAAUCGAAUGAGAAGGUGCUCAAGCUCAAGUGGACAUGCAACCUCAAGGUAGACACCCACAUCAUUCUGGUCUGGCACAUCGCAACCUGCCUCUGCGAGAUCCACUUCUUCGACGAGGUCAAGGUGCUCAAGGCUGUGCGGCAACCGCAGCCGUUCAUGAAGGAACCAAACGGGACGCUACCAGUGGCUACUACUGAUGAGCAAGACGAGUCCGAAGAAUCUGUGUGGUCAGACAAGUACGCAACUGCAGUCAGUUUAUCUAACUACUGUGUGUAUCUGGUAAUGAAAGCACUGGUGCCGGAUAAUGGCCUCGUUGCCAAGAAGGUCCUUAAUGAGGUAAUCCGAGAAAUCGACUACGUUAUCACUUCCAAAAGAAAGCUGCUUAGAUCCAUGAAAAUGGAAGAGGUAUACACUUGUCUUAUGGAGACAGUAGACAAGCCCUGCAACAACCGUGACCACGAUCAACGAGGGGGCCCUGACGUGGAAGCAGUAGCACAGGAGGAAGGUGAUCAUCAGGUAGAAAACGAAGAGGACUAUGAAAAACUCGACAUCGGGUGUUCCCUAACAAGGAUGGGUGCAGUGCUCGGAAAGAAGCUGACGGAGGUGUAUCAUGGCGACGCAGCAGGUCUCUGGAGGGACCUGCAAAGCUUCUGGAUGGGGUUCCUCCUCCACUUGGCGGCGCACACGAGGGCAGCCACGCACGCGAAGCAUCUCGCCGGCGACAGUGAGCUCAUCACACACCUGUGGGCGCUGCUUACGCACGCCGGCUUUUGUGAGAACCACCACGAGGAGGCCGUAGACCAGGACGAGAUCGUCCCGGAUAUCAACCAGGAAGCCAGCCGAUGAAAAUCAAAUCAUUAUUCGAAUCCUUCGCGAGCUCGCAUCCAUGUCGCAUGUUUUUCUUCUGCUCUUGGUGUUUAAUUUGUUCCUACUGUUUUUUUUUUAAACUGUAUACCUAGCAGAGAUUGCCAGGUUUGUAUUAAUUAAUAGAGGAGAGAGUCCAUUUGUUCCUACUGUCAUUUUUACUGUAUAUAUAUGAAUGCGUGUGUCUACUUCAGAUAGCAAAUCCAGAUCGGUUUUAUUCAAUAAAGAUGUAAUCUUUAAAUGCCA